AUGCCUCCCCUUUACUCCUGCUCUCCUCCCUAUGCUCCACCCCUCAACCCCCAUCCUCCCCGCCCCUCAUCUUCUUCUUCUCCCUCCACCGCCUCCCGGCCCUCCUCUUGCUCCUAUUCCCUGUCCUCCUCCCUUUUUCUCCUCUACUUCCAAUCAUUCUCUGCGUCCCUCCCCAUCCUUCUACUUUUUACUGCUCUCUCUUGCACGUAUUUUGACUGGAUCCCAAAGGCCACGCGGGUCACCCGAAAUGCGCGUGUACGCGUCGUCGAGGUCAGCACCGUCGAUCUGGCAUUUUGCCCACUGUUCGAGCGCUCUGCCGUCCUCCUUCUUGGCGGGAGACUGUGCGGAGUCACUCGUCUGGCAUCCUCCCGCUGA